AUGGAGGAGCCUGAACAGGACAUCAAGAAGCUGGCAGGUCAAAGUCAAGACAUGAAUCCACACUUGCCAACUGACGCAUGUGACGGCAAAGCUGACACCAUGGGUGCAGAGCUGGUGCUUAAAGUAAGAAUUCACAACUCCAAGGAAAAUGACUUCAUUGAAAUUGAACUGCACAGACAAGAGCUGAGUUAUCAGAACCUACUACGAGUGAGCUGCUGUGAACUGGGGGUCCACCCAGAACAAGUGGACAAGUUGAGGAAGCUGCCGAACACACUGCUUAGAAAGGACAGAGACAUUCAAAGACUCCAAAACUUUCAGGAGCUAGAACUCUUGGUGAAGGCUGGAAACUCUGAAUGGACUCAGCGCACUGCGUCACCUUUUACUGGGAGACCCUGCUACAACAGUGAAGCUGCAAAAAUGACUUACUAG